AAAUCAUUUGACAGAUGUCGAAAGAAUUUUCGGUGGUUGAGAGGAUAAUUCGGAGGACAUAGCAGUGUGACGGCGAUGCUUGUAUGCUUGGAAGCAUGCACAUAGAGAAAUCACAGAACAAUUUGCAGAGUAAGAAAAACAGAAACUUUGAAUAAUUGAAAGGGAGAAUAGUAGCCACUGGGAUUACCCUUGAUCAAGGGUAUGUGUCUUCUCCUUCCCAUAAAAACCACAAUCACAAGGAAAGGGAGAAUUCAACUGUUUCUUAUUUUUUUUUCUUCUUCUUUUGUUUCUAUCUCUCUGACCCAAAUUAAUUGAUUAACUAAUUCCAAAGAUGCCUUCUCUGCUACUAACCAUUAUUUCCCAGAUAUAUAAUAGUGUGCCUUGUUGAGCCAAGAGAAAAAGAAAAGGUUUGUUUCAUGGGGAUUUGGGUUGAUUCAGAAGAGGGUCGUAAAACUGGAGGACUCUUUUCAUGGAGGUUUUUAACCAGAAGGAAAAGGGUGGAUUCUGCAGUUAAGAGCCACUCUCAAGGCCAACUUGCAAAGGAGUUAACGGUGCCUCAUCUCAUGGCAAUUGGCGUUGGUGCAACAAUUGGUGCUGGUGUGUAUGUUCUGGUUGGAACGGUGGCUCGGGAACACACUGGACCCGCUUUGCCACUCUCUUUUGUGGUGGCUGGAUUUGCUGCUGCUCUUUCUGCUCUUUGCUAUGCAGAGUUGGCUAGUCGCUGUCCUUCUGCUGGAAGUGCAUAUCACUACUCAUACAUUUGUGUUGGAGAAGGAGUUGCUUGGUUGAUUGGUUGGGCCUUAAUACUGGAAUACACAAUUGGUGGAGCUGCGGUUGCUCGUGGCAUAACGCCUAAUUUGGCUGCACUUAUCGGAGGAGAGGAAAAUUUGCCCAGCUUCUUAUCGCGUCAUCUCAUUCCAGGGAUUAACAUUGUGGUUGAUCCAUGUUCAGCAAUUAUAGUAUUUAUUAUUACUGGGCUUCUAUGUGUUGGGAUUAAAGAGAGUACAGUGGUGCAAAGUAUAAUCACAUCAGUGAACAUAUGUGCAUUGAUUUUUGUGAUAGUGGCUGGUGGUUACUUGGGAUUCAAAUCUGGAUGGGUUGGAUAUAAGCUUCCCACAGGGUAUUUUCCCUUUGGGGUGGAUGGCAUGCUAGCUGGUUCUGCAACAGUCUUUUUCGCAUACAUAGGUUUUGAUGCAGUUGCCAGCACUGCUGAAGAGGUGAAAAAUCCUCAAAGAGAUUUGCCACUGGGUAUUGGUGCUUCAUUGUUUCUAUGUUGUGGAUUGUACAUGAUGGUCUCCAUUGUUAUUGUGGGUUUAGUGCCUUAUUAUGUGAUUAACCCUGACACCCCCAUAUCAUCUGCAUUUGCUGACAAUGGAAUGCAAUGGGCAGCAUACGUUAUAAAUGCUGGGGCUUUUACAGCGUUAUGCGCAUCAUUGAUGGGUGGAAUAUUGCCUCAGCCAAGAAUAUUGAUGGCUAUGGCAAGGGAUGGGUUGCUGCCACCGUUUUUUUCUGACAUAAACAAGCGCAGCCAGGUUCCUGUUAAGAGCACCAUAGUUACUGGCCUUGUUGCUGCAGCCUUGGCAUUUUCCUUGGAAGUCUCUGAACUCGCUGGGAUGGUCAGUGUGGGUACACUUCUUGCAUUCACAAUGGUGGCAAUAUCUGUGUUAAUACUAAGAUAUAUCCCACCAGAUGAGGUUCCAUUGCCCCCUUCUCUCCAGGAACCAAUUGUUUCAACCUCAAGGCAAUAUAUCUGGAGCAAUUUGGAGGCAAAUGAAGAAGAUACAAAGGCAAAUGUUGGUGCUUCUUGGAGCGAGAAACCUGUAAUUGUUAAAGAAGAUGAAUCAAUUGAUUAUCCCCUCAUUGCUGAAGAUCCUGUCAUAGGCAAAUAUGUACACGAGGGUAAUAGGAGAAAAGUUAUUGGGUGGGUAAUAGCAUUGACAUGCUUAGGGGUUUUAGUCCUCACAUUUGCAGCUUCAAAUAAAACUAUUCUCAGUUCUGUUCGCUUUGCAUUAUGUGGAGUUGGUGGCACUCUUCUUCUAUGUGGUUUUGUCUUCCUGAACUGUAUGGAUCAAGAUGAUGCCAGACACAACUUUGGGCACUCUGGAGGUUUCACUUGCCCAUUUGUUCCCCUGCUGCCCGUGGCUUGCAUUCUUAUCAAUUCCUAUUUACUUAUUAAUCUUGGGGCUUCUACUUGGGCACGUGUUUCUAUAUGGCUGGCAAUAGGAGUUAUUGUUUAUGUAUUUUAUGGCCGAACCCAUAGCACACUGAAAGAUGCAGUUUAUGUGCCACUGGCAACAACUCAAGUGGAUGAUACCUAUCAAGCCUCCACAAGCUGUCUUGCGUAAUCUCCAUGAACUAUGUGGAGCUUGCAUGCAAAAAACAAAAAUAGUGUCGCUUUACUAGUGAUGUCGAGUCACUGGUUGUACAUAUGAUGUACAUAUUGUAAGAAAAAUGUACAUCACCAUGUGGAGCUUGCUCGCAUAGAAAAUAGAGCUGCUUUACUAAUGAUAUAUUUAGCUGUCACUAGUUGUAUAUCACCACAAGGAUAUGUAUGUAUUAUAAGAAAAAAUGUGGAGUUAUAAUUCAAAUUUAGCUUUUGUACUAAAU